AUGUCCACAUCGGAGACGUCGGUGAAGAGGCAGCGCGCAAGGAUCGCCUGGCUGGAGGCGUCCCUGGAUACGAGCAUUGUCGCCUACGAGUCUCACCGCAACGCGCUCGAGAACGUCCACGCGUAUCUGGAGAAGUGGCAGCAGUCGCCUGACCAGGGGUGCAUCCACAUUAGCCCAGCAGCGCUAAGUGAGCUGCUGAGCGACAUCGUCGAUGUGCUGGAGCAAUGCGCGCUUCGGUUGCAGCCCAUAGAUGGUGCAACGCCAGCAGCAGAGUCGCCGACGGAGCAAGCGCACUCGGAACACCGCUCCAGGGACGCGCAUCUCUAUCCUGACAACGCCUACGGAACACGUCGGAACAAGGCCGUACCUGCCCCACCACAGCAGCAGCCCCAGAUGACCCCACGUUCUCUCUCGGAGCUGUCGAGGGGGACCCACCCACGCGGGGCGGAGGACGAUCUGCAUGAGGCGUCGACGACGACGACAGAGAGCAGGCGCCACCCGCAGUCGAAGCCGGUGCCGCAGUACUGCCCACUGUCAUCGUCGCGCUCCCGCACGUCGUCUGUGCUACCGGCGAUGAGCGAGAAAGCGGCUGCAGCAGUGCAGCCCGUUUACACGGGGAGCGCCGACUUAACGCCGCCGCCGUCGCAGGCGCAGGCCGGCUCGUGGAAGUCCAAGCCGAGGCCUCGCGCGCCCCCUCGCGAGCGGAUGGGUGUGGCACUGACGCCGUGGCCCAUCAUAGACGACAGACAUCAAGCAAGUGGCGCCGCAGCCGGCCCGGGAGAUGGCAUUCAAAGGGACCCGACCCCGACGUCGGCCCGCCUGCGAGCGGAGGAGAACCACAAUGAGCUGCCCGCACCGCAGUACAGCGCUUACAAGAGAACAGGACGUCCGCUGCUGCCCUCGCCGGAGCGGCGCGCGACCGCGGAAGAGCUCGCGGAGCUCGCGGCGGCCGAGGAGGAGGCAAGGGAGAAUAGCGCAUACCAGCAGUCCUUCGGCGCGUGCAGCCACAGCCGCGAGAGUGACCGCAACUGUGUCAGCACUGGGCAUCGCUGGCCCUCCCCUGCCUCCUCGUCGACGUCGGCGUCGCAUCAACUGCAUCCACCACCGCCGCUGCAGGGGGAGCAACAUAGCCAGAGCUACUGGAGCGAGGAGCAAGACAUCCCAUAUCGUCGGGGCUCUUCGGCAGCGGGCGAGCGCCGCAGCAGCAACACGGGCGCCGGCAGCCACGUCGGCUCGGGCCGCUCCGGCCUGUCUGAGGAGGGCCGAUACGCUGGUAUUGCACCGGCAGCCGCGGGUGGGCACCCGGCGGCGUCGCACCAGCAAACCAGUGCCGGUGGUCGCGCUCUCAGUCGGACAUCCAGCAACCCCAGGGGCAGCCCCUCGGAUGCCGCGGUGGCAGCCGUGGAGUCGUUGUCUUACGCGUCGUCCUCCGCCGUGAACCACCCGUGCCAACCGCGCGGCGGCGCAGCAGCAAUGUAUCCAGGUUAUCCCGUGGCGGCAUCGCAGGCGGGCAGCCUCGGUCUUGUCUACACUCCCAGUGUGACGCCACAGCGGGACUCGGACAAUGGAGCGGCGGUAGCGGCCCUGCAGCAGCUCGGUGAUCGGCGCCCCCUGCGCACCUACAGCCAGCGGCCCAUCGCCCCGAAAGCGAACGACAGCAGCCAGGUCGAGUCCACCGUGUACCAACGUCGUAUGUUGUCGCCGUCAGCGAGGAUGAGGCCUUUGCGGGCCGACUCGCCGGAGACGCUGCGCUUCAUGGACAGGGAAGAUGCCUUCCUCGAGAAGCAGCGGCGAAAGCUGCUGAGGGAGGAGCACCGCGACCCUCUCCAACCGCACAACAAGGCCGACUCCACGCUUUACAUCACGGCGAACCCUGGUGGUCCGUCCGUCGCGAACGGUGGCAAGGCUGCCAAGGAGAAGGCACCGGAGAUGACGGCCGUCGAGGAGCAACUCAUCGCCGAGCGCACGAUCCUGAGCACGCAGCUCGAAAAGAUGCAGAUGGAGAUGUCCAUUGCCGUCGCGCGACACCGUGAGCGUGGGAAUGAGCAGCGCUACACGCAGCUGAACACGCGCAUGAGGCGCGUGAUGAAGGACCUGGACAGGGUGGAGUGGGAGCUGCGCGUCGUGCGUAACAUUGACCGCCAGUCCCGCUCGCAGUCUCCCGCGAACGGGAUAUAG